AUGGCACUCGCUGGACAGACCAUCACGAUUGUUAAUAAAUCUGGAAAGAUCGUGAAGAGCUCGAAACAUCUCGUCAACGUCUUCAACGAAGCCAAACUUGCAUACAACGAGAAAAAAGCAGAGCUCAAGGCACAAAGAGAUGCCUACUUCGCAACACAGGAUGCUGAGCGCAUUUUACGAAAGAAGGUGGAAGUCAUGACCAUCGCCGACGAAGAUGAAGUUCGCUCAAACCAGCGGCAACAUCAACGCCAUUCCGACAAACAACAUAAACCAUCUCCACUUCAGAAGGAGGUUCCCGGUGCGCCCGAGGGCGACAACGAGCCAAUCAUCAAGGAGUUGUCGAGGCGGCAUACAGACGGCAUGGCAUUAGCAUAUUCAAAUAAGCAUAAGCCCAAGCGAGCCGCAAGUCUGGACGGCAUAGAUAUGGACCUGGCUUAUGGGUACCUACCUCCACCCCUGCCGACCAAGAAAACCGAGGAUGAGCUUGAACUGCGGACUAAGAUGACAGCACUCCAGACGUUACUUGACGAAUGCAAUUGCGUGCAGCAUUCUGUUAUUGCGACCAUCGAGAAUCUGCAAAAGAACCCUGAAGCUCUAGCCGCAGUUGCCCUGACGUUAGGAGAGAUUUCUAACGUUGCGAUGAAGAUGGCGCCAGGGGCAUUGGCCUCCAUGAAGACCGCAUUUCCUGCUAUCAUCGCAUUGUUGGCCAGUCCACAAUUCGCCAUCGCGGCCGGUGUCGGUGUCGGCGUGACCAUCAUAGCUUUUGGAGGCUACAAGAUCAUCAAAAAGAUUCAAGCACGGAACGAAGAGGCUCGCCAACUCGAAGAAGGCGUCGCCAUGAGGCAAAUCACAGAAGAGCCCGCCGAAGUGCUGGAAGAGGAAUUGGUCGACGAACUGCGCGAGAUCAGUUCCAUUGAGAAAUGGAGGCGCGGGAUCGCUGAUGCGGAAUUGGGCUCGCUCGGCACCAGCGUCGACGGCGAAUUCAUCACGCCACACGCUACUCGAACACUAGUCGAAGAGGGCCGAUUGACAGAGGCCGAUCUGAAACCUCCGAGCUCAGAGGCCGGCCGAUUCCACCGCAGGAGAAAGGCGAAGAGCACUGUCAGCAGCAAGAGCAAGGCGCCAAAAAGUGCUACGGGCACCACCAAAACCAAAGCGAUAGCCCCGAAAGGAGCAUCGGGCAUACGAAUGCUGUUCAAGGGACAUUCGGCGUAGGAUGUGGUGAGGUGUAAUGAUUGAAUGAUUGACGCAAACUUGAUAAUUUCCAGCUCGAACAUGGUGUGUAUAUAUAUAAAUUUCUUGCCCCCUCGUGCAUGCCUUUAUUUCGUCCAGUCCUUGCAACACAAAAUUAUGAUCACAACUAUAAAUCCUUUUGGCUAGCAUCUGAGUCUUUCGAUCAAUGCCGUUAAACACAGACAUUGACCAAGCACAAAGCAGAGCAGAGUUCAGAAGCAGAUGUAAGAGGGAUGGUUGCUAUAUUUCCAAAGGGCUUUUAUCACGUGAGAUUAAUAACAGAUAGAUAAUGAAUGGGGUAUC